CCAAGCCAGAUCGACACGUCUGGCCUGACUCAUUUGAUACUUUCCUUUGCUUCCAUCGACCCGACGACGUUCGCAGUUUCACCCACGCAUCCCGACGACGAAGAAGUGUACAAGCAGUUCCUCGCCCUUCCGGACCAUGUCGACAAAUACAUUGGUAUCGGCGGCUGGGAGUUCAGUGAUCCCUCUGAGCGUACUCAUCACACUUGGUCAGAGCUGGCAAGCUCCAAGGAGAACCGCAAGGCUUUCAUCGACUCGCUCAAGCAGUUCUUGGCCAAGUGGAACUUCCGCGGUGUCGACAUCGACUGGGAGUGGCCUGGCGCUGAGACCCGUGGCGGGAACCCGAGUGACAUGCGCAAUCACAUCGACCUCCUGGUCGAGCUUCGACAAGCUCUCGGUAGCAGCUGGGGGCUUUCUGUCGUUCUCCCCGCCCAGUAUCUGUACCUCAAGAACCUCGAUCCAAAGGCCCUCGAAGCUCAGGUUGACUUCUUCAAUGUCUUGGCCUACGAUCUCCACGGCGCCUGGGAUGCAAACGUACCCGGCUUGGGUUCUAUCAUUAAGCCACAUACUGAUCUAAAAGAAAUCGACGAAGCUCUUCGACUCCUCUGGUUCAACGAAGUCAGCCCCCAGAAGGUGAAUCUCGGCACUGCCAACUACGGUCGCGGGUACACAGUCGCAGACAAGAACUGCAUGUACUACGGUUGCCAAUUCACAGGUCCAUCCAAGGCCGGAAAGUGUACCGAUCUUGCUGGUGUACUUUCUACCUGUGAGAUCAAUCGCAUCAUCGGCGAGAAGGGCUUGAAGCCUCAAGUUAUCAGCGGUGGCGCAGGUGUGAAGGAAAUUUCCUGGGACGAUCAAUGGGUUAACUACGACGAUCAGCAGACCUUUGCCAUGAAGUUGGAAUUGGCCAACGACCGUUGCCUUGGUGGUACGGCUCUCUGGGCCGUCGACUAUGCUAUAUGUGAUGGAAGGUAA